AGUGAGUGGAAAAUAUGUGCAAACGCCCCUGAAGAGAGGCACACUGAUAUUCUCUCAUUCUGUGAUUUAUCCUACCCAAGGAGAGCACCCCACUACUCUGAAGGUAUAUUUCCAAUUCUUAUAGUUCAUGUAUUCUUUUGGUUGUCCCAUGUUAUGCUUGUUAGGUUUUAGGGCCUUUUAUAAAAGUGAAUUGUAGGCCUAUAGUUUUAGUGAUUAAUAGUAGAAUUUACUUAAUUAAAACAGCUGUAGGCUACUUACACUUGAGUCUACGAACAUACCACACUGAAAAUAUCUGUGUAGUAGAUACUUAAACUUUCAGAAUAAUACCUGUGAGCAGGGGCAGUAGUUGUGUAGUUAAACAUUACUUGGACAUUUUCUGAUGAAAGACAAACAGUAAAUGUGUGUCUGUGUGUAUGUUUAAGAUUAUUUUCUAUUCUAUGUAAUUUACUCUUGAUUGCAUUUCAUUUCUCAUCUCUGAUCUGUCUGAUCUCCUCUCAAUCCCUCAUUAAUUGACCACCAGAACAGACGAGGGAGCCAUUGCUGGGAAAAUGCAGGGCCAGAGAGAGAAGAUAUUCAUAUUGAUCCUCGUUGCUGCGCUCUCUCACAUGGUAAGAGUUUUGACCAAACACAUUAAAAGAUGUAUACAUUUGCCAUAACAUUUAAUUGAUUGAACCAUCAUACUGUGUAGAUAGACUUCUGGGCCAGUUUCCCAGAUCUAGAGCGAGCCUUUUCCUGGACUCUCCAUUGAGCAUGUUUUUAGUGAAGGAGUAAGCUUACUCUGGGUCUGGGAAACUGGCCUUAAUGUCCUAAAUUUGGGUCAGAGUUGGCUAAUUUGGCCAAUGCUUGAAUUUGAACUUGGCUAAUUGGAAUGUUACUGUCAUAACUUGUUAAGUGCCUAUACAGUGGGGGAAAAAGUAUUUAGUCAGCCACCAAUUGUGCAGGUUCUCCCACUUAAAAAGAUGAGAGAGGCCUGUAAUUUUCAUCAUAGGUACACGUCAACUAUGACAGACAAAUUGAGAAAAAAAAUCCAGAAAAUCACAUUGUAGGAUUUUUUUUGAAUUUAUUUGCAAAUUAUGGUGGAAAAUAAGUAUUUGGUCACCUACUAACAAGCAAGAUUUCUGGCUCUCACAGACCUGUAACUUUUUCUUUAAGAGGCUCCUCUGUCCUCCACUCGUUACCUGUAUUAAUGGCACCUGUUUGAACUUGUUAUCAGAAUAAAAGACACCUGUCCACAACCUCAAACAGUCACACUCCAAACUCCACUAUGGCCAAGACCAAAGAGCUGUCAAAGGACACCAGAAACAAAAUUGUAGACCUGCACCAGGCUGGGAAGACUGAAUCUGCAAUAGGUAAGCAGCUUGGUUUGAAGAAAUCAACUGUGGGAGCAAUUAUUAGGAAAUGGAAGACAUACAAGACCACUGAUAAUCUCCCUCGAUCUGGGGCUCCACGCAAGAUCUCACCCCGUGGGGUCAAAAUGAUCACAAGAACGGUGAGCAAAAAUCCCAGAACCACACGGGGGGACCUAGUGAAUGACCUGCAGAGAGCUGGGACCAAAGUAACAAAGCCUACCAUCAGUAACACACUACGCCGCCAGAGACUCAAAUCCUGCAGUGCCAGACGUGUCCCCCUGCUUAAGCCAGUACAUGUUCAGGCCCGUCUGAAGUUUGCUAGAGUGCAUUUGGAUGAUCCAGAAGAGGAUUGGGAGAAUGUCAUAUGGUCAGAUGAAACCAAAAUAUAACUUUUUGGUAAAAACUCAACUCGUCGUGUUUGGAGGACAAAGAAUGCUGAGUUGCAUUCAAAGAACACCAUACCUACUGUGAAGCAUGGGGGUGGAAACAUCAUGCUUUGGGGCUGUUUUUCUGCAAAGGGACCAGGACGACUGAUCCGUGUAAAGGAAAGAAUGAAUGGGGCCAUGUAUCGUGAGAUUUUGAGUGAAAACCUCCUUCCAUCAGCAAGGGCAUUGAAGAUGAAAUGUGGCUGGGUCUUUCAGCAUGACAAUGAUCCCAAACACACCGCCCGGGCAACGAAGGAGUGGCUUCGUAAGAAGCAUUUCAAGGUCCUGGAGUGGCCUAGCCAGUCUCCAGAUCUCAACCCAAUAGAAAAUCUUUGGAGGGAGUUGAAAGUCCGUGUUGCCCAGCGACAGCCCAAAACAUCACUGCUCUAGAGGAGAUCUGCAUGGAGGAAUGGGCCAAAAUACCAGCAACAGUGUGUGAAAACCUUGUGAAGACUUACAGAAAAUGUUUAACCUGUGUCAUUGCCAACAAAGGGUAUAUAACAAAGUAUUGAGAAACUUUUGUUAUUGACCAAAUACUUAUUUUCCACCAUAAUUUGCAAAUAAAUUCAUUAAAAAUCCUACAAUGUGAUUUUCUGGAUUUUUUUUUCUCAUUUUGUCUGUCAUAGUUGACGUGUACCUAUGAUGAAAAUUACAGGCCUCUCUCAUCUUUUUAAGUGGGAGAACUUGCACAAUUGGUGGCUGACUAAAUACUUUUUUCCCCCACUGUAUGUAAGAUACAUUGUUACACUGUGAUACUACCUGUAUUACAAAAGGUAACAUUUCUCUGUACUAUUACAGGUGACUCCUCUGCCAAAGCAAAUGGACAUGGCUCCUAAUGCCGUGGAUGAGCAGUACACUCACUGUCGGGAGCAGAUGCUGGAGAAGGUUUUGGAAGGGGGUCUGCUGAAAGAAGAACUGAAUAGCAGUCCAGAGUAUAGUGCUGCCUGGGGGGUAAAGCAGUGUACAAAGUUAAUCCCGGGAGGCGUCAAGGAACACACGACUGCAUUGGUGGCUUACGGACAUGGGGGAAAUGCGUUCAGAAAGAAUUUCAACAAUGCAGUGGAGAAUCAAGGUGGGAAUGUCAAUGUCUAUAAUGGCAACUUCCAGUUCAAAUCCCUUCACUUCCUGCUGAUGGAUGCCAUGAGGCUUUUGAAGCCAAAUAAAUGCCAAACUGUGUUUCGUGGCUCAAUUAAAAUGUAUGAGGCACAAGUAGGGUCAGAAGUGCGAUUUGGGAGGUUUACCUCAACCAAGGCCAAACGUUCCGACUCGGAGGAAGUUGCUACAGACAAUGGGAGCCUUUUUAACAUCAAUUCUUGCACUGUAGUCAACGUGGAGAACUACACUUGCUUCUCAGAAAGCAUUGAUCAGCUGAUAUCCCCAGCAGAGGUCUUUAGGGUGGCUGAAGUAAAGAGUGUAAGCAAUGAAGAUCACGAGUACAGAGAGAUCGUUUUGACAAGUUCAAGGACUCACAGCAUUGACAGCGUCCGCGACUGUUACCUCUUCCCCAGGUGAGGCCAGGCUAUGUAACCGUUCGAAAAGAUACAACAACAUUAGACUACCAAAUAGGUGUAGACGACACAAGAGUCAAGUGGUUUUAAAAUGUCUACCUUAUUCUUUGGAGAAUUAAAGUCUCUCUUUGUCUGUUUGUCUCACCAGAUCUCCUACAAGUAUGAGUCCUCCAUCAAUCAUCCCCACAGGCUCCUCUACUCAAUGGCUUGGCAGUAGUCUGUCUGUUCUUGUGGCUGUAUCUCUCUCUAUCGCCCUGAUCACCAGGACUGAUCAUCUCUGAUAAACAAGUUUUGAAUGCUAAUAGAUGCGGUAAAGAAGUCAAUGGAAUGGAGACCAUGGGGGAUAGAAGAAGGACGGCAGAUUAGCGCACAUUGAACAAAUCGGAUUUAACAAAAUAGAUAUUUGUCAAAUUGUAAUUUGUUAUUUAUUAUAACAUGCCCACAAUGUGGUUACUAAGUCUGAUUUGGAUAUAUUUUUCUGUUUUCGCUGCAUAACAUUUAGAAGUAGUCCCUUUUCAGGUUUAGAAGAAGUGACUGCUAAAGGCUAACUCACAUUCGUAUGAACUGGUACCAUAGAUAGCAUAGAGAAAUCGAUGGUGGUAGACAAAGUCGUUUUUAACUGUAAUGCAGUUUCAUGGUGAUGAUGACAUGAACAUGUAUUGGGGUUGACAUCAAUACUAGCAUUAUACUCUGAUUUUUACCUCAACAUAGUGUGACGUAAACAAUAGCCUAAAUGUAGGCUAAUUUUGCUGGUGGGCAAAGAGGAGAUUCUGGAUCAUUCCCCAACAGCAUCUUUCCCCCCCAUGCGUUUCGAUGGCAUUUCCAUUGUUUUGGUCGAGUUUCAUUGACCUCUUUACCACGUCUAUUGAAAAGGACAAACACACUCACACACACCAACAUGUACACUACCAGUCAAAAGUUUGGACACACCUACUCAUUCAAGGGUUUUUCUUCAUUUACAUUUUUUUUUACAGUGUAGAAUAAUAGUGAAGACAUCAAAACUAUGAAAUAACACAUAUGGAAUCAUGUAGUAACCAAAAAAUAUAUUUUAUAUUUGAGCAUCUUCAAAUAUCCACCCUUUGCCUCGAUGACAGCUUUGCACACUCUUGGCAUUCUCUCAACCAGCUUCAUGAGGUAGUCACCUGGUAUGCAUUUCAAUUAACAGGUGUGCCUUCUUAAAAGUUAAUUUGUGGAAUUUUUUUCCUUCUUAAUGUGUUUGAGCCAAUCAGUUGUGUCGUGACAAGGUAUUCAGAAGAAAGCCCUAUUUGGUAAAAGACCAAGUCCAUAUUAUGGCAAGAACAGCUCAAAUAAGCAAAGAGAAAUGACAGUCCAUGAAGGUCAGUCAAUACGGAAAAUGUUCAGAACUUUGAACAUUUCUUCAAGCGCAGUCGCAAAAAUCAUCAAGCGCUAUGAUGAAACGGGCUCUCACGAGGACCGCCACAGGAAUGGAAGACCCAGAUUUACCUCUGCUGCAGAGGAUAAGUUCAUUAGAGUUACCAGCGUCAGAAAUUGCAGCCCAAAUAAAUGCUUCACAGAGUUCAAGUCACAGACACAUCUCAACAUCAACUGUUCAGAGGAGACAGUGUGAAUCAGGCCUUCAUGGUCGAAUUGCUGCAAAUAAACCACUACUAAAGGACACCAAUAAUAAUAAGAGACCUGCUUGGGCCAAGAAACACGAGCAAUGGACAUUAGACCGGUGGGAAUCUGUCCUUUGGUCUGGAGUCCAAAUUUGAGAUUUUUCCAACCGCCGUGUCUUUGUGAGACGCGGUGUGGGUUAACAGAUGAUCUCCACAUGUGUAGUUCCCAUCGUAAAGCAUGGAGGAGGAGGUGUUAUGGUGUGGGGGUGCUUUGCUGGUGACACUGUGAUUUAUUUAAAAUUCAAGGCACACUUAACCAGCAUGGCUACCACAGCAUUCUGCAGCGAUACGCCAUCCCAUCUGGUUUGGGCUUAGUGGGACUAUCAUUUGUUUUUCAACAGGACAAUGACCCAACACACCUCCAGGCUAUUUUACCAAGAAGGAGAGUGAUGGAGUGCUGCAUCAGAUGACCUGGUCUCCACAAUCCACCGACCUCAACCCAAUUGAGAUGGUUUGGGAUGAGUCGGACCGCAGAGUGAAGGAAAAGCAGCCAACAAGUGCUCAGCAUAUGUGGGAACUCCUUCAAGACUGUUGAAAAAGCAUUCAAGGUGAAGCUGGUUGAGAGAAUGUCAAGAGUGUGCAAAGCUGUCAUCAAGGCAAAGGGUGGCUAUUUGAAUAAUCUCAAAUAUAAAAUAUAUGUUGUUUUGUUGAACACUUUUUUGGUUACUACAUGAUUCCAUAUGUGUUAUUUCAUAGUUUUGAUAUCUUCACUAUUAUUGUACAAUGUAGAAAAUAAUAAAAAUAAAGAAAAAUCCUUGAACGAGUAGUUGUGUCCAAACUUUUGACUGGCAAUGUAUGCAAUAUCAAUGCACACAGACACAUAGAUAUUCAUCAAAGGUGACAAAGCACAAACUUGUCAAACCCCUCUUAGCAUAAUUAUAUUCUCUUUUAUUGUUCUUGUAAAAAAAGAUCAUGGUGAUUAGAUAAGACCUUUAAAACAAUGUCGUAUACGUUUGCCAAUAAUUUGGGUAUCACAACAAUUGAGUGUGAGUGGUGUCCAGUUUUCAUAGACCAUUUGCCUCUUGUUUUUAUAUCAAAUAAAGCAAUACAUUUAGUAUUUUUGAGUGUUGGACAGGCCACCUUUGGCAUAUAUGCAUUGAGAUGGGGUGGGAAGGAUUGUUUGAUGAUUGAUUAAAUGUAUUAGAUAAUCCUAAGUAGUAAGCUUCUCCAGCUGGAGACAACUUUACAUACAUUGGGGUGAUAAGCAUUUACAUUUAAUGAAUGAUGUAAGGCUCAUAACCUGAAUGUCCAGACAUACAGUAUGUAUGACCUCUUUAAUAUUUGGCUUGUGUAAUAUGUGUGAGGGGAAAUUACUGUCAUCCCUAUGAGGGAUGUGGACAGAGAGUGCCCUUUCUCCAAGCUCAAGCCAUCCUCAAAAUCACAGUAGCACUAGCCUGUAGGUCUUAGAUACAAAGUUUUUGCACUGACUCAAUCACAGCUGGAGCCACACAUGUUUUGGCUAAUAUUUCAUCCUUAUCCCGGAAACAUGCAUGGUGUUUAGGCUUUUGUUCCAGCCCAACACUGGGCUCACUGGAUACAACUAAUCAACCGAUCAUAAAGCCCUUGAUUAAUUGAAUCAGAUGUUUUAGUACUACUGGACUGGAACUAAAACCUGCACACACUGUGUGUCCCCUGGACCAGAAUUGAAGAACAAAGACUUUUGAGUGUUGCCUCAUUGAAGCACAUGGGGGUUUCUGCAACGAGGAGUUGAGGUCAAGCUUGCCUUACAACUGUGGUGCUAAUAUCAAUAUGCACAGGUCCUGGUAUAACUGACGUGGUUUAAACUUGUACACUUAUUUUUUCUAAUAAAUAUGCCAGCCACUUGCUGGUUGUAACUAUGCUACUCUGUAUUAUCUAUCAUCAAUACUCUCCUCUAUGCCACACCCUGCUGCCUGCUACAUAAGAUUAACACAGAAUGAUCCACAAGCCAUAUUACUAUAUACUGAGUGUACACAAUAUUAGGAACACCUUCCUAAUAAUUUUGAGUUGCACCCCCCUUUGCCCUCAGAACAGCCUCAAUUCAUCAGGGCCUGGACUACAUGGUGUCGAAAGCGUUCUACAGGGAUGCUGGCCCACAGUUGUGUCAAGUUGGAUGUCCUUUGGGUAGUGGACCAUUCUUGAUAUACAUGGGAAACUGCUGAGCGUGAAAAACCCAGCAGCAUUGCAGUUCUUGACACACUCAAACUGGUGUGCCUGGCACCUACUACCAUACCCCGUUUAAAGGCACUUCAAUCUUUUGUCUUGCCCAUUCACCUUCUGAAUGGCAUACAUACACAAUCCAUCUUUCAUCAGUAAAAUAUCUGGAUUCUGUAUUGUGUCAGGUGGACUGUUGUGUCCUCACCUUUGUUCUGACCAUUUCCUCAUCAUCUCCAAAGUGUUCCCUUUCAGUUUUACCAUGGUCAUGCAUAGGCGUCUCAUAUUUCUUCAGUUAGAAACAUUUCAAUUUGGCCCUGUCCAUAUAGGCCAAUUCCCUUGAGUGUAAAGGGUCAAAUUCAUUGAGAGAAAAAAUGUGAUACGAGGCUAAGAAGUGAUAUUUUCCCAAAAUCAAAGGGUCGUGGAAAAUAUUGAUAAAAGGUCAGAUGGCACAAAAUUGCGAAAUUAGAAUGUUAUGAAAAGUUGAGUCCCACUUGAGUAGUUUGCCAAUUUCUCUGGGUUUAAAUAAUAUUUUUAACUGCUCUCUAUUCUUUAGGUUACUGCUAUGGUAAAGCAAGUGGAUAUGGCUACUAAUGCAGUGGAUGUCCAAUAUAUUCAAUGUCGAGAGCAGAUUCUAAAGAAGGGGGUCUAU